UUUAUAUCGCGAGUCGGUGCAAUCGUUUCUAUAUAAAGUGUGAAAGAUUGUAAAUAACUUUAGAACUACAAGUUAAGCACACAUAUUUGGUAGAGGAAUAGAUAAGCUUAAUUAACUAUACCUUAGAAAUAUAAAAAAAAUAGUCAAAAUGGACUUGUCGAGAGUCCCCAAUGAACGUAAAUUGUAUUUGUGCAAAUGGUAUUUCAAAGUCGGAUUUGCACUGCUUCCUUUCGUGUGGGCCAUCAAUACCUGUUGGUUUUUCAGUGAAGCUUUCCGGAAGCCAGCCUAUGAUGAGCAAAAGGAAAUCAAGAAAUAUGUUAUACUGUCGGCAAUAGGAUCGUUCAUCUGGCUGGUCGUAAUUGCAACCUGGGUAGCUACGUUUCAGCUGAAACGUACAGACUGGGGCGACUUUGCAGACAGUAUUAGCUUUAUCAUUCCGUUAGGACGAGCUUAAAUAAGAACAAAUUAUGCUAACUUUUGUAAUAUUUAAAUGAUAAAUUAUACCUAUG